GAUAUAAACAGUCAAGCAAAAAGAUAUCUAUUGUUAGAUAUAUAUUUAACGUCCGGGAUUUACAGAACUUAAACUAGUUUAAACAUGGCAAGCGUUAAGAGCCCGGUAAAAAUUGAAAAUUUUCUCCAGUUUUCGGCGAAAACUUUACAGGGCGAGAAGAUAGAUUUCAGUCAGUAUGAGGGGAAGGUAAUCCUGGCGGUGAAUGUGGCAUCCCUGUGAGACACCACCAAGAGGGACUACCCGAUGAUGAACCAGCUCGCCGAAAAAUUCGCCGGGAAGCUGGUGGUUCUCGGGUUUCCCUCCAACCAGUUCGGGCACCAGGAAAACGGAAAUGGAGUAGAAAUUUUGAACACUCUGAAAUACGUUCGACCAGGUGAUGGAUUCGAACCAAAAUUUCCUGUCUUUGAAAAACUAGAAGUGAAUGGUGAAAAUGCUCAUCCCAUCUUUAAAUUUCUGAGAGACAGACUUCCCAUUCCAAGUGAUGAGGCUACAUCGUUUAUGUCCAACGCUAGCAAGAUUAUCUGGGCUCCCGUAACUAGGACUGAUAUCGCAUGGAACUUUGAGAAAUUCUUGAUAACACCAGACGGCAAACCGUACCGACGAUACAGUAGAUACUACAUAAUGACAAACAUUCAGAGCGACAUUAAAAAACUUAUAGACGAAUAUAACGUGAAAUAAUGUUUACAAUUGUAUGUGUCAUUUAAUUUAUUAAAAUUUAUUCAUUUAUGGUCAACAAGCAUUCUGUACAUGGGUAAAGGUGACGUCUUCAUGACUGUUCUUCUAUAAAGCUCGCUAUUUUGGAGUUAGGAGAAUAUGAUGUUCAGUGACAUCUACCUUUAUCCAUAUAUAAAAUCUUGUUGUUUCGUGCAAUUUUAAAAUAAAUAUUGCGGGACAAA